AUGGCGGGUGGUGGCAGCGCUUUAAACAAGAUUUUUCCAGGUUACAAGGACAAACUGUGGAAUAGGAUGCCACUGAAUUGGCGUCUUAAUAAGAUAAAACGAUGGAACCAGCAUGCCGUUCAAUCAAUGUAUGAUACAUGCGUAACUACGAACACUAAGAUCAAAGGUUUCAACAAGUAUGUGUUGGACCCUUUGAAGCCGUCUUAUGAGUACCGUCAACCAGGAGUAGAUUAUAAGAAGCAGCGUGCACGUGGCACACUAGUGGAAGGUGUGGAUUACUAUUUGCCUAAUGCCCGUUCCCAGCAGCGUCUAGCCAACUUUUUUGAACCAUACACGGAGGAUGAGAAUGAGGAUCGUGCAAAAUAUCGUUUUCAGAGCCUAAAAACGUAUAUUUACGUUGCUCUUGGUGCAACAGUGUUGCAUAACUGGUACCAGAGCCGUCCGAUCGCCUGGUGUUCCGACGUCAACCCACCCCGGGCACCCUACUACCCAUUUUGGUUCAAGGGCCCAUUUCAUGGCCAUGACAUAGGCAGCGUGCGUCGAGGUUAUGAAGUCUACCGUCAAGUCUGUGCUACGUGUCAUUCUAUGCAAUAUUUGCGAUUUAGACACUUGGCAAAUGAGGUGUACCCGGAGCAACGUGCUAAACAGAUUGCGGAAGAGUACGAAGUUGAGGAUGGUCCUAAUGACCAAGGUGAGAUGUAUAUGCGUCCUGGCAUAUUGACAGACCCCUUUCCCUCACCUUACCCAAAUGAUGAAGCUGCACGUUACGCCAACGGAGGUGCCAUUCCUCCUGAUUUGUCUCUGAUGGCAUCUGCACGCAAGAGAGGGCCUGACUAUCUUUUUGCACUUCUCACAGGUUAUUCUGACCCGCCAGAGGGUAUAGAAUUACGACAGGGCUUGUACUUCAACAACUACUUUACAGGCGGUUCUAUUGCCAUGCCUCCUCCACUAGAGGAUGGUAUGGUCGACUACGAAGACGGUACCCCUGCAACGGUUUCUCAGAUGGCUAAGGAUGUGGUAAGCUUUAUCACGUGGGCAAGUGAUCCGAUGCACGACGAGCGCAAGAAUAUGGGUAUGAAGUUGAUAUUCGGCGCUGCACUAGGUACUGUGGCCAUGUCGCUAUGGUACCGUUUCUUCUGGGCCUAUAUGGUGACAUCCCGUAUGGACUUCGGCCGUGUGAAGCACAUGAAAUAA